AAGCCACCAGGGAGCCCUGUUUUUGUAGCUUUAGGACGGCAAUAUCAGCCCAGUUCGCUGUAGGUUUGUGGUUACUCAGUGUCAACUACUUUUUCUUCAGCGCGGCUUUGACAGAUUACAGAGUCUUUGAACUUUGUCGUCAAGACGAACUACCUUCAGAAUGUCAACUUCCUCUACCGACGAAGCAGCUUCCGGCGGACCACGCUGUGCCGGCGGCAGCUGCCCCUACUCUGCCAGCAAUCUGAAGUCCUCCUGGCUCGCCUCCAUGUUUUGUCCUCACAUCAAGGCACAGAGCCAACAGGUCGCCGGAUCUUCCUCUUCCUCUUCUAACCCCUCCCUCCCCUCCCCGCGCAAUCUCGUCCAGGCCCAAGAAAUAAUCCAGCCGAACAAGCACGAACAAGACAUCACGAAUCUAAACCCGAAAACGAUGGCGGAGUCGCGCGGGUCCAGGUUGAACAAGGCGCUUCUGUCCGGUUCCUGCCCAAUGAUGCGGGGGUCGGGGGAGAAGGCGGCUUCGCAUGGCGACGCUGCGGUGGCGGAGGAUAAAACUUUUGAGCAGAUGAAAUCUUUGGAGGAACAGCAGUUGAAGCAGAUCCAAUCCGCCGGGAUCAACCCGAGGAACAUGAUGCCGAUCAUGGCGAACCAAUCUCUUCCUUCCGAUAAGGUUGCGUUUGACAAAUCGAGGGAGGUUUCCUCUAUCCCGAAAACGGGCGAAUCCACUGGCACCACCUGGGUCUACCCCUCCCCGCAACAAUUCUACAACGCGUUGAGGAGGCGCGGAAAGGUGGAUGAACAGGAUGAGUUGGAAAAGGGCAACACGAUGGACAGCAUCGUUUUUGCGCACAACGUGACAAAUGAACAAACGUGGACAGAAAUUCUCGAUUGGGAGCACAAGCUGCACUAUGACAGGUGUAAAGAUCCGACGUUGUUGAGCUUCGUCGGAAAAAGCGAGGAGCUGUCACUCGGAGGGUAUUAAGGGUGUUUUUUUUGUUUUUGUCAGUUGACACGAAAAGCAGUACAGAUUGGUUUUGUGCUAGUUGACAAUUAUUCUCCUGCGCGAGAAUUUCCACCGUAUUGUCCCUUCAAAAAAAAACGCAGGCACUUUUCCAACUAUUUCCGAGCCCGCGGCGCGCCUUUCGAUCGACAUGAUUGGCUGGUAGAUCGUUGCGGACUUGAGCAGGUGCGGUACAUCAUUGACUACUACGACGAUCCGCAUGCAAACGACCAACACGGACUGGACAUCUCCUUGGUAACCCGGCCCGCUCCGGAUUCCGUCCAGAACGUUUGGGACAUUUUGCGAAAGCCAUACUACGAUUACUUGGAAAGGAGUAAGGCUAGCAGUAGUGGUGGUGUUGGUGAGGCGGGUAUGGAGCCAAGUCAGAAGUAGGAAUCAAAAGCCGGUGGAGAUGAAGUGAACGAUUUUUCCAGCAAUAGUGUGACACUUGGUUCUUUGAGGCGUGAUAAAAUCGAGAUCCAACGAUAGGGAGCUUCUUGAUGGGCUGCAAUAAUAUGGGAGUUGUGUCUAGUGCAACUCUGUUGUACUUGCGAAAAGUCGAUUCUUUUUUCUGAAAAUGAAGUGAACAGUUUUUCAACAGACUGAGGGGGGAGAUGCACAAAAACACCAGUAUUCUUCUUUGGUGUUGAUCCGAAAUGAACAAGGUGCGAGUAGUACCAGACAAUCUCAGACUUGUGCAGUAAAGUCUAAGAUUAAUUUUCCAAAUUCCAACAUAAAAACCAUACGAACAAAA